UCAGUUGGGUUUUUGCUUGGGUUUAUUUCUGGCAUUAUUGGGAUUGUCUCACAGUAGGCCAUUUUUCUUUUAUUUGGACUUCUUCCAUUUUAACAACAUUUUCACUCCUGGAGUCCCCUUUUGGCCACACGAAAGCGGUCUUUCCUUGAACCAAACAUUCAAACCCUGGCUCGGCCACAGAACCACCUUUGCUGUCCACUAUCAAUCUGUGGUGGUUGCUUGCCACACUUUAAGCAGUCACUUGCCAUGCCGCUGUUCAACAAGAAGUUUGAGUCGAAACCGAUUCCAGUGCGUCAGGGCCGUUGCAAUACUGGUCAUCCGGUGGCCACCGAGGAUCUGGACGACUUUAGGCAGAUUUCGUUGACGCUGGGCAACAAGGAGUUGCGUUUUGCGGACGGCAUCUGGAUGCAUUCAUCCCGGAAGGGCGAUGUCGAUGAUAUGCUUAGAUUGAACAGGAAGUUUCGUGCCCUGGAGGAGGAGAAUAACAUGUGCAACUUGAAGAUUGAAGUGAUGCUGGAUCUAUUGGCGGAACAUGCCACGGAACUGAAUGAACUGAAGCCCAAGGAGAAGUGAGGAGAGGGAAUAAAUACGUAUUCUAAAAAAACUAAAUAAAGAAUUAAUUAUUAAGAGA